UAAUUUUGUAAUAGGGCAGAUUAGUACUCUUGACGGUCAAAGACUCGCAGUAGUCACCGAGAGAGAGAGAGAGAUGGAGAGCGCCGCCUGCUUCUCAAACGCCACCACCGGUCGCCUUCCUCACCGAAACGCCGCCGAUGGCACCCUUCUAUCCCCAUUUCGGAAUCCUACUCAUCUCUUUUUGUCACGUACUCUCAAAAAGCUUCCAGUUCAGGUGCGCUUUCCUUGUCUAAGAACUGCUUUCGGCAGUCUGAAUGCAUCUGCUUCUGGAAUUGGCACGACAAUCAGCACUGAAAAAGAAUCGGUUGACCUUGAUUGGGAUUCACUUGGAUUUGGACUGGUGCAUACUGAUUAUAUGUACACCAUGAAAUGCUCGCGAGGUGAGAGUUUCUGUGAAGGGGAAUUAGUGCCCUUUGGGAACAUUGAGAUAAGCCCAUCAGCUGGAGUUCUUAACUAUGGACAGGGGUUAUUUGAAGGUCUGAAAGCAUAUCGGAAGGCAGAUGGUAAUAUUUUACUGUUUCGCCCUCAAGAAAAUGGGACAAGGAUGAUGAUGGGGGCGGAGCGAAUGUGCAUGCCUUCUCCUUCUGUUGCUCAGUUUGUUGAAGCCGUUAAGGCCACAGUUUUGGCAAAUGAAAGAUGGAUACCACCUCCUGGUAAAGGCUCGCUAUACAUAAGGCCAUUGCUUAUGGGAAGUGGAAGUGUACUUGGUCUUGCACCAGCUCCUGAGUAUACUUUUCUGAUUUAUGUUUCUCCUGUUGGUAACUAUUUCAAGGAAGGUUUGUCACCAAUAAACUUGAUUGUUGAGACCGAAAUGCAUCGAGCAACACCUGGGGGUACUGGAGGUGUAAAGACUAUAGGAAACUAUGCUGCGGUUCUUAAGGCUCAAAGUGCUGCAAAAGCGAAAGGAUAUUCUGAUGUUUUGUAUCUUGAUAGUGUGCACAAGAAGUAUUUGGAAGAGGUUUCCUCUUGUAAUGUGUUCGUUGUAAAGGGCAACAUUAUAUCUACUCCUGCCAUAAAAGGAACCAUCCUUCCUGGUAUUACACGAAAGAGCAUAAUCGAUGUGGCUCUUACCCAAGGAUUCCAGGUUGAGGAAAAAGCAGUGACUGUAGAUGAGUUGCUUGAUGCGGAUGAGGUUUUUUGUACUGGAACUGCAGUCGUCGUAUCCCCUGUUGGCAGCAUAACUUAUCUUGGCAAAAGUGUGUCGUAUGGGAGCAGUGGUGUAGGACUUGUGUCACAACAACUCUACACCGCACUGACCCAGCUACAGAUGGGUCUGACCGAGGACAAGAUGGGUUGGGUGGUGGAACUCAAGUGACUCCUUUCAUCUGUUUUUUUAUUUUUUAGCUUUCUGUCAUUAUCUGUAGUAGUGAAUGAAAGUAGAUGAUGCUCUUUGAUGGAUGUUGUACAAUUUUAAGUGUUUAUGUCUUGAAGAAGAAAGUAGGGAGAUAAGGAUGGUGAUGAUGAUGAUGAUGAUGAUGAUGAUGGCAACAAUGGAAACUCAAGUUUUGGCACA